UCGCAAGCCCGCCGCAUAGCAUGACAGUGUGCGUUCAGUGAGCGCCUUGUCCGCACGCGGUUUGUUGUGGUGGUUAACAUACCUACAUAAUUAGUGCACUUAAUCCGCCAACAUUUUGUUUUCGACACGCGACAGACGUAAACAAAGAAACCUUUGCACAUUUUGAGUCACGAUCACGAUUCAACAUCGUCAAGUGGGUGAAAGACAUUGCUGUGUUGUGUUAUUUGCGCCAUUCUUGCCAUCUGGAUUGACGAUGUUUCUACAGUGCUGAUGGAUGCUAUCAUAUCUUCAUAUUGUAUACCAGUAUUUACUUCUACUGAACUGUACAAUGAUGAGGUGCAAGCAGAGGUGGUAGAGUCGCACGAGAUGAACUCUGACGUGCACCGUCACCAAGCGCACCCGCCGCUUGCUCAGCACGGUGUCCACACGGGUGCGCAGGGCGUGGGCCCGUGCGGCUGGUACUCCGCGUCGGCCGCGCCCGCGCCCACUGCGCCCGCGCGUCUCAAGCGCGCCCCGCCGCAGCAGCUGCCGUCGGGAGGUGGAGUGAGCGGUAGUAAUGGGCCACACGCGCCUCUCUCGCCCACCGCAUUGCAGAACUCAGUACAACAUAAUAACAUAAUGUCUUCGUCAGUCCGGGCGCCCGCGCCGUCGGGACAGGCACCUUCCGCGAUGCACACUUCCCAGACCUCGCCCGUGGUGAUGAGCAAAGGCGCUAGCGACGUGCUCUUGAACUCUACGACGACCCAGAAUCCGCCGCCAGCGGGCAGCAGGCUUGUCAAUAUGACACAGUGGCCCUGGCACCACGGCGCGAUAUCCCGCGAGCGCGCGGAGGCGCUUCUCUCGGGCUCUCCAGACGGCGUGUUCCUGGUGCGAGAGAGCACCAACUUCCCCGGCGACCAUACGCUCUGCGUGCGGUUCCGAGGACGCGUCGAACACUACCGAGUAAAAUGGGCCACUGCACCUGAUACCCAAAACCAACGUCUGACGAUCGAUGACGAAGAAUUCUUCGAUACUAUGACCGAUUUAAUACACCAUUAUUUACAAGAUGCAGACGGACUAUGCACAAAGUUAGUGCGGUGUUUACCCAAAGCGACUCCGAAUGGUGCCAAUAACAAUGGAGCUAUGCAACCCCCAUACCCACCUCAUCCGCAGCAGCCGCCGCCGUACCCGCCCACGCCGAGCGUGUCGAGCGCGCUGAGCUCGGGCCACUUCCAACACACGUACUCCACGCAGGCGCCCGCGCCCGACCAGACCGACGGCGCUCUGCAGCCGCAGAAGUUUGUGGAUGCGCGCUGGCGGAUAGAUGAACGCGAUCUCGAGAUACGAGAAAACAUCGGCAAGGGUGAAUUCGGAGAUGUCAUGCUGGGCAUAUUAAACGGCACGCAGAAAGUCGCCGUCAAAAUAUUGAAGGACCGCGAGGCUGCGAGUAAAUUCCGUGCUGAAGCGAGCGUUAUGGCAUCCCUAAAGCACGAGAACCUGGUGCGUCUACUUGGGCUGGUGUUCAGCGCGAGCGGCAGCACGUGCAUCGUGACCGAGCACUGCGCGCAGGGCUCGCUGCUCGACUACCUGCGCUCGCGUGGCCGACACUACGUCACGCAGCUCAACCAGAUCAACUUCGCCUAUGACGCAUGCUGCGGGAUGGAGUACCUAGAGCGGCAGCGUGUAGUCCACCGAGACUUGGCGGCGCGGAACGUGCUAAUCUCGCAAGAGGGGACCGCUAAAGUGGCAGACUUUGGGCUAGCGCGGCCCGACGCCGGCCAGGACGACCCGGCUGACGCGCAGCGGCUGCAAGCCAAGCUGCCCAUCAAGUGGACCGCGCCCGAAGCGCUCAAGUACAACAAAUUUUCAAACAAGUCUGACAUGUGGAGCUUCGGUAUACUUCUAUGGGAAAUAUACUCCUUCGGUAGAGUGCCAUAUCCAAGAAUCCCGCUGGCGGAGGUGGUGCGUCACGUGGAGCGCGGGUACCGCAUGGAGGCGCCGGAGGGCUGCCCGGGCGGCCCGUACGACGUGAUGCGCGCGGCGUGGCACGCCGACCCCGCCCAGCGGCCCAGCUUCGCCGCCACGCGCCUGCGCCUCGCCGCCAUCCGCACGGCCGCGCACCAGCCGCACCAACCGCCGCACCCGUGAACAUCGGUCGGGAAUGAAAUGGAUGGACUAUAAAUAAACCGUGAAUUAAAAACAAAUUAGUUAUGUGCUGUGAAGGUUGCAAGUUCUAUUUCCUUACUUGUCAUACAACUAAUGUAAGUACUAAAUUAUUUUAAUAAUAUGUUUAAAGACACUUCCGAUAAGGCGAAAUUCUAAUGUAGUUUAGUUGGGUAGUUCGUACAAUUGGUGUGCCGUAGAAGAAGGAGACGUGUAAUGUUCGAUGUUAUUCUAUUGCACGCUAGUACAGAGCUUUUAGCGAUAAGUCUUUUUAACAUUGUUCCUCAUUAGUAACUAUCCAAAUAUUUAUUUAGGCGAUGAGAGUUAUUAUACCAGUGAUCAAAAACAUCACCAAUGAAGAUUUAGUAAAUUAAAUAUUUUUAUAAACCUGCAGUAAUUAAUGAAUAUAAUAUUUUCUUGGUAAGAACCACGAUACCUAGUGUCUAUAUGAUAAGAUUUCGGAGUCUGUUUCGCUAAAAGCUCUGUAUGAUUUGGCCUAAAAUUUAUCGAAUUUUCCUUACACAUUCUCGUAAAGAUUCCACCCAAUGUGGCCAAUAGCCGUAUGUCGGUACUCUAGUACUGUCUAGUCAAAUAUACUUUUUAUUAUAACAUAAUUGUUAUUUUCAUAUUAAUUAAAAACGUAAGGUGACUGAUAAAUAUAAAGGGUCAAAUGGUUCAACUAUGCACUAAUAAUAGACGUAUUGUAUUACACAGUUAGUGCUAGAAAUGGUCAUAUAAUAUAAGCACAAUGAUGCAGAUACUAUAAACAACUUCUAGCAGCUAUUUAUGACGGUAAAGUGAGCACAAACCCGAAACAGAUUGUACGGAGUUGUAACAAAAUUGAUGCAUUUGUCUUGUGUGGCAAAUUAUUGUUGCAUGUUAGAUACAUGUCUUCAAAUCCUAGUUGCAUGUGAUUCAUGAACAACUCCGUAUACGAUUCACCUAUAGCUAUAUCAAAUAAAUUCAAUUAGGCCCACCUUUGCCCAAAAACUACAAUCGGAACGCUAUAAAUUAUAAAGUGAUCAUCCAACCCACCAUGGUUGUGUGGCUGCAGCUGAUUCUGAGCGAGUCAAUCAUUCCUCAUAACAUUAGCAUCAAAGUCUGAUAUAGUUUAAAAUCUUCAAUGCAUUUUUAGCUAAUCUGCAUUAGAGUAAAAAUGAGAAAUAUACAUUUUGUGCUCCAGUUUAUAUGCGACUAGCCAUAAAUGAAAGAAAAAGUUGCAAAUAUGCCAACUUUCAGGUUGUGUGCUAUUAUAAAUUUAGAAAGUAGCUAAAUACCAGUUACUUUUGGAAUAUUCUAAAAUAUAAAUUAGGUAAUGGAGUUAAUUUAUGGAUGUUUUAAAAUAAUGAAUGUGUAUCAUCAUGACAAAUUAUAACCACUUUUUUGCUGCCACAAAAUAGACUUUUUUGUUCUUUGUUUUACCCUGUCUUUUUGCAUUUUACAAACAUUUUAACCUUUACUUGCAUUUUUUAAAUCAAUUCACAAGUAUCCCUCAGUAGCCCAAUGUAAAACGUUAUGAUUCUGUUUUGUGGCAGCAGGUGAUGUGUUUAUGAGCUAAUUGAAUCUCACUGAAGUGUGAAAUUUACUAUUCCAGAUAGAAUUUUUACCCUUAACUCUUGCAGUAUUGUUGAAAUUUGUGAAAUUUAGGGAAUUUUCUGUUAAUUUGAGAACUUUACUGUAAGAUUAAGUGUUUUAAUGUUGUCUUAUGAUGCUUAAAAGCUUAAAGUAGUAUAAUUAAAUUUUAAAGAUUGUCUAAUAUAUAUUUUUAAGGAUUUAUUUAUGUGUACAUAUGACUUUUAAACUAUAAAAAGUCCAUUUAUGAUCUAAAAUGAUAUAGCAUAUGAGACAACAUUGCGCAUUUUUUACAUUUAUUUUUUUAAAGAUGAUUCAAAGACUAUAUUAUGGAGGAUAUGUCCGGUCAUAUUAUUAUGUAUUCUUAUGCAAUACUAGUUUUAAGUGUUAAAUUGUUUUUACGAAUUAUUUAUGACCCACGUGAAAAUUUGUAACGAAUGGGUUCUAACUGAGUUUUAAGUCAUUUCUUUUCUGCCAAAGCAUAUUUCAAAAGUAAAAUGACGCGAUUGUUUUAAUGUCUUGGUCUUCCUAUCUUAUUUACUGUGUGAUUUGCUAACUUUUGAAGAUGAAGUAUGGUUGUACAACGGAGUUCUAGUCUGAAAAAUGAUAUAUUCACUAAACUCCUUUAAUAUAUUUCUUCAUUACAAUGAUUGCAGGCAUAUUGUUAUAUUUUGAACUCCUAUCGGAAAUCUCAGCUACUUAAAAUGAAAAGUUUGUUUUGUUUAAUUCUGUAUUAUAUUUCUCGUAUGUACUUCAUUGUAAAUACAUGUAUGUUAAGUCAUAAAAAUGUACGAUAACAAAAUAUAAAUCCCAAAAACA